AGUACACAUAGUGAUGUUCACUUGUCUGAGUGUUGACGGUCACACUAAAAUGGAGGACGACUCUCAGAACCAAGAUAUAUGCCGUGUGUGCAGGUGUGAAGGUACCAGCGACCGACAACUAUUCCACCCUUGCAUAUGUACUGGUAGCAUUAAAUUCAUUCAUCAAGACUGUCUGGUACAAUGGCUCCGCUACUCACGGAAAGAAUAUUGCGAACUCUGCAAACAUCGCUUUCACUUCACGCCAAUAUACUCUCCAGAUAUGCCAAAGAGACUGCCCAUAGCAGACAUUUUAUCAGGCUUGGCUCGGAGUAUGGGAACAGCGGUGCGGUACUGGUUGCACUAUACACUGGUGGCUGUGGCAUGGUUGGGUGUUGUUCCUCUCACUGCUUGCAGGAUCUAUCGCUGUCUCUUCACAGGCUCUGUGUCUUCUGUUCUCACCUUACCACUUGACAUGCUGUCAACAGAUAACCUAGUAUCAGAUAUCUUCCAUGGGUGCUUUGUGGUGACAUGCACACUAAGUGCUUUCAUCAGUCUAGUGUGGCUCCGAGAACAGAUCCUACAUGGAGGAGGGCCAGAUUGGCUUGAUCAAGAUGUACAGCAUGAGCAUGAGCCCCCUGGAAACUUCGGAGUUGUUAAUCAAGUAAAUGGUCAGGUUCCAGUACAGCCAGCCAAUGAGAAUGCAGCUGCUCCAGUAGAAGGAGUCAAUGAUAAUGCAGAGAUUAUUGAAGACCCGGUUCAUCAAGAAGUAGUGCCUGUGAUAGCGAAUCCCAAUAUUGCAGAAGGUAAUGAGGGUGAACUUUUACACGAGGGUAUACCAGCCAAUAAUAAUCUGGAUCCUGGGGCCGCUGCAGAUGAUGUCAACUGGAACCCAAUAGAAUGGGACCGAGCAGCUGAGGAGCUUACUUGGGAGCGGCUGUUGGGUCUUGAUGGAUCACUGGUUUUUCUGGAACAUGUGUUUUGGGUUGUUUCUCUAAACACAAUGUUUAUUCUUGUCUUUGCAUUUUGUCCAUAUCACAUUGGACAUUUUACCAUAGUGGGGUUCAAGCUGAAAGGCUGGGUGUCAGCGUCGCAUUUCGAGGGGCUGCUGACAGCAUUGUGUGGGUACUGCGUUGUUGGCUUAUGUCUAGUAUUGUUACAUACACUGGCUGCCCUAAUAAGACUAAACAGGUGAGGAUGAAACAGUUUUUUUGGGUUUAUUUUAUUGGUAGUAAGGGUGGCGCUCCUAGUGGGUAAAAAUUUUGGAGUUUUCCCCUUAUGGGGCGGCGGGUGGCUGGACAUUUGCCCUCCAUUAUUUGAUGCUAUUUGGAAGGAUCGAGAAGUUACUUUCAAGCAACCUGGGACUUCCCUGUUUUUCCACUUUUUGGGGGAAGGGUAUUUAUUCUACUUUGCUUCCUUCUCCUUCUGCUUCGGGAAUUUGCGACCAAGGGUCCUUUGGUUCCUUUCCGAAAUCUUAAUGUCCAGAUUUUUAUCCGUACAAGAGAUGAUACACCUGCCGAUUGUCCGUCACACUCGUCGCUUCCUGGCUUCUAUGGUCAUCUUUGGCUCUACAGUACUACUAAUGUUAUGGUUACCUAUCAAAAUUAUUCAUGGACUGUGGCCCUCAUUCCUGCCUUACCAUAUCACAUUGUCCAGUGACACACCAGUGAGUGAACUCUCUCUGGAGUUGUUGCUACUUCAGGUAAUUCUUCCAGCCUUGCUUGAGCAGGGUCACACCCGUGUGUGGCUCAAGCUCCUGGUCAGACACUGGUGUGCUGCCGUCUCUCAUAUUUUGGGUCUUAGGUCAUAUCUUUUAGGGGAUGUGGCUCUUGAUGUCCAGGGUGGUGGUGUAGUUAUAGGUGGUGAUACAGGUGGUGGGGCUGGAGAGGUUGGGGCUGGAGCAGCCCCUCAAGUUGAGGUUGAGGAACCAGCAGAAGGUAUAGUGAAUCCUGUGGUUGGUGGAGGUGGUGGCGUGGGUGCUGGCGGUGGUGGUGCUGCUGAUGCCCUCGCUGGAGGCCUGGGGGCAGCGCAUCAAGCACUGUUGCAGCGAGAUGGUCCUACUGGCUUUCAAGCAUAUGUACGUCCACGAUGGUUUGGUGUUCGCAUCUUGGGCUUGGUGAUCAUGAUGUGCAUCAGCCUCACUGCUGCAUCAAUAAUGUGCCUCACACUUCCGGUACUUGUGGGCCGACAGUGCAUGUAUUUAGCACUGGGAGACACUAAGGUUCAUGAGCUAUACACUGGUGCAUGUGGAUUAUACCUCUGUCUUCUUGGCAUCCGAGGCAUUACCCUUUUGGCAUCAUGGAUCAUGUUAGGUUGGACCCAAGUUAUUGUGAGGCUUCGGCAGUGGGGCAUUAUGGGCACAAAGGUGCUUAUAGCACUGGUGGUAGUGGCAGUAGUUGUACCUUUGAUGGUGGGAGUGUUGAUGGAAUUGGUGAUUGUGAUCCCACUGCGAGUACCACUUCAUCAAACACCUAUUCUUUUCCUGUGGCAGGACUGGGCACUUGGAGUAUUGUACACUAAAAUCAUGUGUGCCCUAGUAAUGAUGGGUCCUAACUGGUGGCUGAAGACGAAUUUGGAGCACAUCUACCUUGGGGGCGUACGUGGACUGGAUCUCAACUUACUUGUGGGCCAGACUGCACUUCCAGUCAUUGCUUGUCUCGGGGCUUGUUUAACAGUACCUUAUGUAACAGCUCACUCCAUCGCCCCACUGGUUGCCCCUCCCAAUGCUCUGAUUUUGGUAGAGCGUCGUAUCUACCCAGCACUCUUGGUUAUAACUUUACUCUCUAGUCUCAUCAUCAUGCAAGUUGUACAGUUUACACGCCUCUACGAACACAUAAAAAACGACAAGUAUCUGGUAGGGCGUCGAUUAGUAAACUAUGACCACACCAGCAGCCAGCCUCCACCACCUCUACAGGAGAAUGAAGUUACACCAUUUGUGAGGUGAAGGUGCCAAGCAGGGUAUGUAUGUGUAGAAAAAAUAUGCAUUUUCCAGUUAAAGUGCCCGACAAGUGUAAUAUUGGUAUACCUAACAGUGUACUUUGUACGUAUGGUAUGUCCACAUCCGUAAUAUACUGUGGUUAAAUUGAGAGGACAGUCAAACCAGGAGAAAUAUGUUGCAUGAUAUCAUUGAGCAUUGCUUGAAAUAUCCUUCAGUGAUCUUGUGAAGUUGGAUAGUGCAAGAUUUAUUGACUAGUCCUGUGGGUGUGUGAAAAUAUUUUUCUUGUCCAUGCAAAAGAAAGAAGAGCAUCCUGGAAUUAUUGAAAUAAAAAAUCUUAAGAUUUUAUUGCUCAAAAUAAUAAACUAGAUUCUUUAAAUGAAUUGUGAUACAGGAGGAGGAUCCCAUCUUGGAUGCUUCACAUUUGUGAUAUUGGCACUUUGAAACCAUAUAAUGACUUAGAAAUGCUGACCUCCUGUUACAAUCAGUGCAUAUAUUUGAAAGAAAAUUUUUUAACACACCGGCCAUCUCCCAGCAAAUCAGGGUGACCUGAAAAAGAAAAGACAAAAGUUUUUCUUUUUACAUUUAGUAAUUUAUAGAGGAGGAGUUACUAGCCCCUUGCUCCCAGUAUUUUAGUUGCCUCUUACCUGGAGUUUACCUGGAGAGAGUUCCGGGGGUCAACGCCCCCGCGGCCCGGUCUGUGACCAGGCCUUAUGACACAUAUGAGGAAGGAUUCUUCUUCACUUUCCUACAGAAUCGUACAUUGUGUUCAUUUUAUGCAUGUGUAGAGAGCUCACAUUUCUUUAGUAGAGGAAAAAGGAGAAAAGAGAGAGAGAUGGAAGACAGGGGUGUGAAGGAGGGUGUGGUGUAAGGUCCUGUGCCACACCUAUGGAACAUGUCCAGUGCAUGAUAGUAACUAGGGGCUACCACAGCACAGACACACGGCCUUAAGGAAAUUGUAUAUAUAAAUUGGUUCUUGACCAUUAUCUACCCAGCAAGUAAAGAACAAAGGCACAAUACUGUGACCAGAACAAUAAACAUGAAAUGAACCAGCAGGAACAGCCUGGUUGACCAGGUAAUCAGGCAAGUCUGACCCAGGGCCGGGCCGCAAGAUUAGGAAAACUCGGAACCCAUCAAAGUUAUACAUAGAGUAGGAAUAUUUUUGAUUAAAACUAACCAAGAAAAAAAAUAGACUAAUUCAGCCUUUGGAACAUGAUAAAUAUUAAAUCUGUAGUUCUUGACAAUCUUUACCAAGUAAAUAUGAAAUGAACAUACACAUAAUUAUUGCAUUUGGUAAAAAAAAAGAUAUUUAAAAGUUAUUUGCUUCAAUAAAGUAUUUGCAAUGAUUGUAACUACAGCUCAGCAUUCAUAAGUGAUUAAUUGAUUUCAAGCUGCUAAUACCAUGAGUGCAAAAUUUUUAUAAAGUGGGACUCUACUGUAUGGUGAAAUUAAAACUUAGGCUUGUGAGCACUUGCUAAAAUAUGUAUGUGAUCAUUCUGGCAUUGGUACAUUCUCUGUUGGUUUUUUCCCUUAAUUUACACCUUUUUCCAUAACAUAAUAGUUUUGUAUCACCUCUUUGUCCCUUCAUGGCUAAUAAUAUUUUAAAUAACAUCACUUCUCAUUGUACAAAUGAAAGAUAUUCCCUAAUGAUAGCCAAUGCAUAAGAUAACAGGUAAAUCUUGAACAUCUACUUACAUGCUUCUGUUUACAUUCAGUAUGCACUUUCUGGUAUUAUUUUUAUAUUUUCUGUAAUCUCUCUAAUUUAGGAGGCCUGGUGUAAGACCAGGUAGCAGGGGCGAUGAUCCUUACAUCCGUUGAUUGAUAUGUAGUCAGCCAGUGCAAGGUAGUGAAAGUGUUGUUGUUACCUAAAUCACUUUUGCAAGCAUAUAUACAGUGAGAGGAUAAUAUUCUUGGUCUGAGACUGGGUCCCAGGGGUCAGUAAUCCUUGGAACCAUUAACAGAUAUAACUCCUUUCAUGAGGUCAGAGAGACAUAAAAAGUUUUGAUAAAUUCAUAUACAAUAUUGUAUUUUCUAAGUGUUACUAGUUAAUGGAUCUUAAUAAUUCCAAACCAAGAUUUUAAUAUACGAACUGUAUUUUAUUUCUGAAUUAAAAACAUGCUUUAUAAGAACAAUGUUAAUUAGUGUUUAAUGUGACUUUAUUUCAGUAUAAUAUGCAAAGGAUAGCCAUUAAUACUUUUGUCUAUUCAUGUCAUUUGUCCUUGCUUAAUGAUACAAGGUUAUAAGGUGACCUUAAGAGACCAAAAAUUUGGCUUGUAUAGAUCAGGCUUCGUACAGUAAACCCUCAGUUUAAUAGGGAAAGGGAGUGGGUGGUCCAGUAAUGACGAUUGUUGUAGAUAUGAGAUUGUUUGCUGUGAUCAUAACAAUAACAGUGGACUUUGACCAUUUCCAAAUCAUUUGGCCCAGCACAUUUUUUUUCCGGUAUUUCUGAAGAUUGUUAAAUCUGGGGUUUACUGUAAUAGUGCAUGCUUACUGGCAGAUGUAAUUUUAUUAAGAAAUGGUGGUUAUUAUUAUUGUGUCCUAUAGAUUACUGACUAAAUCAUAGUCUGAAUCACUACAGAAGCUGUACCUUACAAUCAUUAAGAAUGGGAUCUCGGCUCAUUUGUAACAUACUAGUGAUAUGUUUUCAUAUGUUUUUCAUAAUACUGUAUUUUUUUUUAAAAAUCUAAUGUUCUCCACAUGAUAAUUAAUAUAUACGUGUAUGUUUACCUGAUUAUCUAAUGUAUCUUCUUUAGUUAUAUAUCACAGUGCCCUCUUCUUCAGUAUUGAAUAUCCAGGGUAAAGUACUGGCCCACAGCUGCAUUUUAUAACAAAAAAAGGCACAAUACCGUGACUGGAACGAUACACAAAUAACCCACACAUAAAAGAGAGAAGCUUACGACAACGUUUCGGUCCGACUUGGACCAUUGACAAAGUCACACUGUGACUUUGUCAAUGGUCCAAGUCGGACCGAAACGUCGUCGUAAGCUUCUCUCUUUUAUGUGCGGGUUAUUUGUGUAUAGCUGCAUUUUACACAAUCUCUUGCCAUUUUUUUUCAUUUAUCUGUAUUUUUCUUUAGUAAGACCUGAAUCUUUCAUUUGCUUCUGAGUGUAAAAUAUCCCAUUUAUGCUUCCAUUUUAAAAGCCUUGCUCAAAUUUUUAAAUUUCAGAUAUUAAAUUGGUAUGAUUUUUUUAAAUUGUGGAAUUGUUUGUUCUAUCUUGGUAAUUAAUAGGCAGAAUUUGUUCAUCACUGUUGAUGAAGAAUACUUGACAUGAUACAGUAGAGAACUUAAUGUAACACUGUUUCAUCUGUAGCCCAUAAACUUGCAUAGAGACAGAGACAGAGUGAAGUAGGAGUUGUAUAUUUCAACCUCUGAAUGAGGUCUUCUUUAGCAGGUAGGGUACAGAGGAGAAAAUUGCAAAUAUAUAUGAGAAAAGUGCAUCUGACUAAUGUGGGUGUUGGUCUCUAGAAGACAAAGUAGGGACCAUUAAGUUCAAGGUUUAAUUGCAUUGUUUUAUGGUUUUUUUUUUUCCAUGUGGCGACUGCAUUAUAUUGAUCAAAUUACACUAUAUCAUUGUAAGUACUCGGAAGGAAACCAACGAACUCGUCAAAUGUCAUUUUUGAGAAAAUUGCAUAGAAUCUUUGCAACAUGUUUGCAACAAUAUCUUGGUAAUUAACCAUACCAUUUUGAUCACACUAGUCUCAAAUUUUACAGCAUAUUUAAUGAGCUUUAAGAUGAUAUGGCAAGUUCGUUGUUUUUCUCUGCAGCCAAAUCACUGUUUUUGGACAUGACCACAUGGUUAAACAUCCCUUUAUUCUCAUUGGGAAAGGGAGGGUAAAAGUGAGGAACGUAUCACCCAGAGUGAUGUAUAUGAUACUCAAAAAAUGAUGGACGUUUUGGCAGAGAAAACGCAGGUAUUGAUCACUGGCAAGUUCGUUGGUUUUCUUUUCAGUGCCUCAUGUUGUUUUAACCUUCUACACAACUACCAAAAUGUGGAAAAAAGACAUAUGUGUAGCUCUGGACAUUUUUUAGAGAAAAUGUUGUGCCUUGAGCACUUUCUUCAUUCUUAAUACAGAGAUAACUAAGAAAUGAGUACAGGUACUCCUCACUUAACAACUGAGUUCCAUUCCUAAGAGUAGGUUGGUAAGCGAAUUGGUCAUUAAGCGAGGAGCUGCCUCUUACCGAUAUUUCAGACGUGCUGUACUCCUUGUGGGUUUGUGUUAACCAUCUUUAGAUAUUGUUUUAAUGUCACCUUUGCACUAUUUUUAACAUUUUUCGGAUGCAGCCUCUCCUCACUUAGUGUCGUACUUGUUUACUGAUGCCUCGGACUUGUGACAGGCCCUCUGACUAGUAUUCAUACCUAAAUAAUGUAUAUUAGAGCUGAUUUCCUCUAUUCUGUUUAUUUCAAUAUAUGGUACACUACUGUAUAAACAUUCAGAAAUAUAUCAGAAAUGUUCUAAAUGAUGCAAAGGCGACAUUGAAACAGUAUCAACGAUGGUUGACACAAACUCACUACCAUUAUAAUAUGGUCCUCACUUAGCGACGAAUUCGUUUAACGACGUGGUCUUAGAAACAGAACCCCGUCAUUAAGUGAGGAGAGACUAUAUAUAGUGGCAGGAGUCAGGUUGUAUGCCCCGAGAGGGCACUAACAGUUGCUUGUUUCUGUAUUAGGACUGAAGAAGCCGCUCAUGGUGAAACAUUUCCUGUAUCAAAUGUCCCGAACUGUACAUAAGUGUCUUUUUCCACAUCUUGUCAGCAUCACUAAACCGUUUUUCAGUUGUGCUAGUGAUGGACGUUUUAAACAUACUAUGGACAUAGUGGCUUUACAAGGGGUCAGAAUCAUAAUUCAGUUUUAUUAAUGUGUGAAAGUUAUUUCAUACAUUUUUUACUAAAUUUUAAUCAUGUGAAGUUAAAUGGUAUUGCACUUCUCUUUGCAGUUAGAGGGUAAUUUAUAAACUUCAUACAUCGGGCUUUUGAGAAAAAAGUGAGGAAAUAUCUGUGAUAAUGGUGGUGUUAUUCUUUGGUUAUAAUAGGCCAGGUUAAGAUUUUUAUCAGGUGUUGUAAAGCUAAGUCUGUUUAGGGUAAGACACGAGACUGGAGACUUGAGCACUGUACAGGUGGUGCUCGAUUUACAUAGGGGUUAUGCUCCGAGGAACCCAUUGUAAGUUGAAAAUAUCGUUAAGUCGGAUCUGAUAUGAUAAGUAAUUAAAUAAGUACUGUCACUGAAUAUGUAAAUAAACAAAUAAUUACGAGAUGUUUCAAUGUGAGCAGGGUAAUGUUUUGUGAAGGGAUUCAGGGAAACUGGUUAACCGGACUUGAGUCCUGGAAGUGGGAAGUACAAUGCGUGCACUUUAAAGGAUGGGUUUGGGAUAUUGAAAGUUUGGAGGGACAUCUAAACUGUCGUAUCUGAACGCCUCUGCAAAGACAGUGAUUAUCUAUGAGGAAUGGUGAAAGUGUUGAAUGAUGAUAAAAGUUUCUUUUCUUUGUUUUUGGGUUUUUCUUUUUAGGUCACCCUGCCUGGGUAGGAAAUGGCUGACAUGUUAAAGAGAAAAUUUACUGUAAGUACCAGUAUUGAAAAGUAGGUCAGUGCAUACAAGUUUAUCCUAUCAAUAAAUGUACUGUACAGUACAAGAAAAGUUUUGCAAUUUUCUCACGGCAUUGUAAAAUCAAAAUAUUGUAAAACGAGGACCAUAUAUACUUGUUUUGUGGUUUAUAAAUACAUUUCCUUUCAUUAUUUAGUUUAAAGUGGAGAUGUGUGGUCUUUGAAUACAAAUUUUUCAAAUGUAUACAUUACCUCUGAUAAUUUGAUUGUCAUUGUACCAAAAUUUAUAAGUAUGGAAAGACCUGUAGAUUUGUGAACAGUUAUAGGGUAUUUUAUAAAGGGGAAAUAUAUUGCUC